AUGUCUACAAUGGAUGAGUAUUCAAAGAUAGAAAAAAUUGGGGAAGGCACAUAUGGUGUUGUAUACAAGGGCAGGCAUAAGAAGAGUAACCGGCUUGUUGCGUUGAAGAAAAUUAGACUUGAAUCUGAUGAAGAGGGGGUGCCAUCAACAGCCAUCAGAGAGAUUUCAUUGUUGAAAGAACUGCAGCACCCUAACAUUGUGUCGUUGGAGGAUAUCCUGAUGCAAGAGAACAAACUAUACUUGGUCUUUGAGUUUUUGUCCAUGGACUUGAAGAAAUAUCUAGACAGUAUUCCUAGCGGACAGUAUAUGGAUUCAAUGCUUGUGAAGAGUUAUUUAUAUCAGAUUACAGAGGGUAUUUUAUUUUGCCACAUGAGACGAGUACUUCAUAGAGACCUGAAGCCGCAGAAUUUACUCAUCAAUAACAGUGGUGUGAUCAAGCUUGCAGAUUUUGGAUUAGCUAGAGCAUUUGGAAUACCAGUCCGAGUAUACACGCAUGAGGUGGUGACACUUUGGUAUAGAGCUCCAGAAAUCCUGCUUGGGUCUCAACGGUAUUCUGUACCUGCUGAUAUCUGGAGUAUUGGAUGCAUCUUUGCGGAAAUGGCCACAAAACGGCCACUGUUCCACGGGGACUCAGAAAUAGAUCAGUUAUUCCGAAUUUUCAGAACUUUGACCACACCAUCAGAUGAGACCUGGCCUGGUGUAUCGAAUCUUCCUGACUUCAAGCCAACUUUCCCACACUGGAAGUCAAACCAGUUAGCUUCCUGUGUUAAACAGCUUGAUAGUACUGGACUGGAGUUGUUGCAAGAUAUGCUGACCUAUGACCCAGCCCAGAGAAUACCAGCCAAGGACAUAUUGGAACACAAAUAUUUUUCAGACUUGGACAAGUCCACUCUCCCUGCUCGAGGCUUCAUUCCAAUGGAAAUGCGAGACUGA